CCAGGUUGAGGUCUUCCGCCUCGAUUUCCGUAACAACAGAAGGGACGCCGAAUCAAUGGUAUCAUCAGCGGUCAAGAGGGCCUCGUGCAAUCUGGGAACAGAAGAAACUGGAUUUGCAGAAGCAGGAGAGACGAAGAAGCGGUGGUGUGUGGACGGCAUAAGCAUUCCUGCCAGUUGCGACGCAUCUGUGCAGUCCUGCGAGGCACCGGCACUAUCAUCAACAGCAGCUGCAGCAGCAGCAUCAGCACCAGCAUCAGCAGCAGCUGUACCUUCUGCCAGCGAUCCAUCCAUCAGCAAGACAUGUGAAAUCAAAGGAGCUUCAAGGCACAUGCACCUUGUCCCAGCAUCCGAACCAGAAUCAGCACCGGCGUUUCAUUUCUCUUACCUUCCACAUUCCACUGUGCACUUUAUGCCCCUGGGCCAAUUCCUAUUAACCUCCAGAGGACCCUCUGCACAACAAUCCACUCAACCAUCCAAGUCAUCGGAGCCACCCUUGCCACCAUGGCAGUUGAUGUAUCUGACGUGGCAUGGACUUCCCCAAUCAUCAACGUCCAUGCAGGCAGACGUUGAGCGCACGUCCACUGAAAUAUCUCAAGAACUUCUGAGCAACAGAAACUCGGAGGAAGGGAAGUCACAGACGGGUCGCCAGUCAUCAGAGGCAUUAGGUUUCCUGAAAUCAGAGGAGAGCAGAGCACAUGGUUUCAGUUUAUUCAUAGAUCAGCUGCUGGGCCCCACGCUUUCUCCUCCGUUUUUAAAUGCUCUCAGACGAAGUGGGGCUGGUAGUCGCGAGCAGUGGAACUUGUGGGUGGGACGGAGUGCCACGAGUCAGAUUCACUUUGAUGGCAUGGACAAUGUCCACGUGUGCUUGCAGGGCAGCAAGAUCAUUCACCUCUACAGCCCCUCCGAUUCCAUCUUUCUGUAUCCCGUACCAUGGAGCGAAGGUUCUAUCAACGACAAAUCGUCACUUCCUUCCAUCCUCACCGCAUGUCUUGAAAAACAUCCCAUUUUCUUCUCUCAUGCUACAUGUAACCGAGUCCAGCUAAUGCAGGGAGAAGCAAUCUUCAUACCAGCAGGAUGGUGGCACGAGGUUUUCACGUUUGGUCCCAUAACUGUUUCUGCGAAUGUUUGGUUUCCUCCCCAUCCAUCAUGCCGUCUCAGGCCCACCCUGAUGAUGCUUCACUCGCACCGCAUACUGCAUCACAUGCAGGCAGCUUGGAGAGAGACCUUGCCAGGCACUCCUAAUCGUCUGCAGCAGUAA